AUGGAGAACAUCAUGGCCAUGGCGGAGGCGCAGCCGCCGCCACCGGCAACGGCGACGAUACAAUUAACAGAGCUGUUAUAUUCGUUAGAGGAAGCAGCCCAGAUGGCAAAACAACUCCCCAUCACGUCCGACCCAACCUACAUGGUCCAAAUCUAUUCAUCUCUCCAUCGAGCUCAUCAUUCACUCUCCUCUUUCCUCUCCGCUACCCAGACCCAAUUCUCCCUUCCUCCUCCUCCCGCGGCGGAGAAUUCUCUAUCCUCCGCCAACGGCGCCGCCAACGAGGAUGGUACCGAUCCAAUGCAAGUGGGUGAUGAGAAUGACGCGGAGGCAGAGGAGAAUUCGAAGACGUCGAUCGAUAAGGUCGAGGAGAGGAUGAGGGAAUGCUUCAUCAAGAACAAGAGGGUAAAGAGAAAGCUUUCUCCGUCGUCUGCGGCGGUGGCGGAAGAGAGGAGGGUUUUUGAUGACAGAUUCGUGGGUGCUUUCAAGGGUUUUGAUCCUCUUGGUGAUAAGUUGCGGGCUUUGGAUCUUGUAUACCAGUUUCAUGGUUGA